AUGAUUGCUCAUCCUGCCGACGCAAUGUCCACUAUCACCAUUACUACAACUACCACAUCGGAAAUCACAACCAAAAUAAAUACAAUGCGCAUAAUUCCUAAUAUUACGGUUGAUGCCCGAUGGAAACAGAAUGGGGUCACCGUUGCUGGAGGCCGUGGAAAAGGCAAUGCCACUAAUGAACUCGACCGUCCUGGUGGUCUCUUCGUUGAUGAUGAUGAUCAAACGAUUGUCAUCGCUGACUUCGGCAAUCAUCGUAUCAUCCAAUGGAAGAUGGGUGAUACGAACGGACAAGUAGUAGCUGGUGGUCAUGACCAAGAAAAUCGAUUGAAUCAAUUGGAUCGACCAACCGAUGUAUUGAUUGACAAAGAGACGGAUAGUCUCAUUAUUUGUGAUCGAGGGAAUCAACGAGUCGUACGAUGGUCUCGUCGUAGUGGUACAACUCAAGGAAAAAUCCUCAUCGAUCACGUCUCGUAUUGGGGAUUGGCCAUGGAUGAUCAGAGAUAUCUCUACAUCUCUGACUACAUCAAACAUGAAGUAAGACGAUAUCAAAUAGGAGACAAGAAUGGAACUAUUGUGGCUGGUGGCAAUGGCGAAGGUGCUGGUCUCAAGCAACUCAGCUGGCCGACUUACAUCUUUGUCGAUCAACAACAGAAUGUCUACGUGUCAGACAACUGGAAUCAUCGUGUAAUGAAAUGGGAUAAAGGUGCAAAAGAAGGAAUUGUCGUCGCUGGAGGUCAAGGCCAGGGAAAUGCUCUGACACAAUUGUCAUAUCCUAAAGGACUGUUCGUCGAUACUUUGGGUACCAUCUAUGUGGCAGACUCGUUGAAUCAACGAGUGAUGCGUUGGCUUAAAGGAGCGAAACAGGGCACUGUCAUUGUAGAUGGAAAGGGUAAAGGAGAAGGAGAAAAUCAGUUCAACGCUCCCACCGGUUUGUCCUUCGAUCGACAUGGCAAUCUCUAUGUCGUCGAUCAUUGGAAUCAUCGUGUUCAAUGCUUUUCAAUCGAAUAG